AUGUCGGGCAAAACCACGCCAGAUGUGGAGCAAAUCUCCGUAAUUGCGACGCCUCAAGCGAUCGAAGUCUCGGGAAUUAACAUCCAAGAGGCAACGGAACUCUAUGGUGAUGCUGAGGCUGCAAGAUCUUAUGGUUAUGUUGCCAGACGGCUCAAAGCACGACAUGUUCAAUUCAUGGGGCUGGGGGGUUCUAUUGGCACAGCUCUCUUCCUAGGUAUCGGCAGAGCGUUGGCUGCUACUGGGCCUCUCAGCAUGUUCCUUGGGUUCGCCAUCACGGGAGUGGCUAUAUGGGGAAUGAUGCAGUGCCUUGGAGAGAUGGCAACGUGGCUGCCUGUCCCAGGAGCUCUCCCUAAUUUCGCUUGCCGCUACGUGGAUAAAGCCUUGGGAUUUGCUGUGGGAUGGAACGGCUGGUACGGCUAUGUCAUAGGCAUAUGCAUUGAAAUUGCGGCAGCCGCACUUAUAAUAGGCUAUUGGAAUACCGAUAUUAAUGUCGCCGUGUGGAUCUCGAUAAUCAUCGCUGGUCUUGUCUUCCUCAAUAUCCUCGCCGUCUCAAUUUACGGUGAAGCAGAAUUCUGGUUUGCAAGUUUGAAGCUGGCUACAAUCAUUGGUCUCCUUAUACUAGCCCUUGUCAUUGAUUUAGGAGGUGCUCCCAACCAUGACCGUAUCGGGUUCCGGUAUUGGAAGGACCCAGGAGCCAUGAACACCUUCAUUGUAGAAGGACACACUGGACGCUUUCUAGGACUUCUCUUUGCCAUGAUCAUGGCCGCUUAUACCUAUGCGGGUGUUGAGUCAGUUGUUGUUGCUGCAGGCGAGGCUGAAGACCCUCGAAGGAAUCUACCGAAAGCCGUUCGGCGAGUGUUCUGGCGCCUGUUGUUCUUCUACGUCCUUGGAUCCCUUGCCGUUGGCGUUCUUGUACCCUUUAAUGAUACUGAUCUACUGACAGCGCUGGCAACCAAUGCCCCUGGAGCUGCUAGUUCUCCCUGGGUUAUUGCUAUCAAACGUGCCGGCAUUCCUGUGCUUCCUUCAAUUAUCAACGCAGUCAUUCUAAGCUCUGCUUGCUCUGCAGGGAAUGCAUUCCUAUACAACGGCAGUCGCGUGGGUCUGACAGCUCUGGUCACUCCCCUAACGUACUUGAGUUGUGCAGCGGGCCCGGCGAAAGUCUUCAUUUGGCUUGCAAAUCUUGGGACUCUGGUUGCGCUGUCGUCUUGGAUAACCAUCUGCGUUACCUACUUACGAUUCUACGAGGCUCUUAAAAGUCAAGUUGUGGACAGGGAUCAGCUACCAUUCAAAUCGCCCUUCCAACCUUAUCUCGCGUGGUCUACGCUCAUAUAUUUCAGCAUUCUCACACUUCUCAAUGGAUUCUACUCCUUUACUCCUUGGAAUGUCGAGACAUUUUUAAGUACUUAUAUCGGUAUCCCGAUAUUCUUUGGUUUAUUCCUGUUCUGGAAACUCCUUAAGAAAACCAAAUUGGUUAACCCGGCCGAAGCCGAUCUUUGGACAGGAAAGGCUGCAAUUGAUGCUGAAGUAUGGCCAAUAUCAGCACCUCAGAAUCUAGUAGAGAAGGUGUGGGCCUGGAUUGCGUAG